CAGAACAUGAAAACAUGAUGUUCCAACAAAACACUUAUAGACGAACUAAUAAUCUAAAUUGUAAUGAAAGUAUUUAUAUUAUACAGUAUAUUAAUUAAUUCAGCAAUAAGUGAAUAUGAUAAUCGAAUAAUUACUACAUUAAAGUACUCCAAACAUCAAGUGCAACCGACUAUAGUGAAUGGAGAACCAGCUAAAAAGGGAGAGGUGCCAUUUCUUGUGUCUCUUAAAGAACCUGCGUACAAAAUUGAUGAGGAUCGAACAGUAUGGAAGAAUCUAUGCGGUGGAAGCAUAAUUGGUGAGCUAAAGGUAUUAACCGCGGCUCACUGUUUCGAACAGAAUGAUUUUUAUUACGCAAAUCACCCGCGGAACUUACGCAUCGUUGCUGGAGAUUUACGCAGUGAUUUAGUACAUUCUGGCAAAACAGACACCACUGAAACGACACAACUUAGAAAAAUAGAUAAGGUCGUUUUGCACAAUAACUUUAAUUUCCCGUCACAUGACAUAGCUUUGGUGUUUGUUGAUGAAAAAUGGAAUUACACAGACCAUGUAGACUUUAUAAUACCAGCUAGGAAGAUGACAGAUUACUUAAACGUUUGUGUUACCGCUGGUUUUGGAAGGAUCGGGCAUGGUGUACGAGCUGGCGUCACACCGAUUCUACUUUUAGCGCAAAUAGAAACCAUGACCAGGUGGAAAUGCUCGAUAUUGUGGGAAAUGAAUAUGAACUCGUUCAUUUGCACGGGUUCGGUGUUAACCGACGUGGCGAAGGGGGAUUCUGGAGGUCCAUUAGCUUGCAAGGGAACGAGAGAUCCCGCAGAAGUUCCAGGAAGGAAGUUAUUAGCAGGAGUCGUGAGCGGGAAGAACUUUGACAGAACAACAUUGUACACAAGAGUUUCCGAAUACCACGAUUGGCUCGAAAGAGAUCUCGCGAACAAAAUUAACACAGGGUUGAACAUCGCUUUGCUCUUUUUAAUACAUCUUUUGUUUUAUUGAGAUCAAGACUUUGCGAGUGUCGGAGCGAAUUUAAAAAUUAAUGACUUCCUUUGCAUAAGAACAGGGCUCUAUUAUUCUAUGUAAAACAGUUCUGAGAAAGU